CCCCGCCCCGGCCCCGCCCCCGCCGGGUCCUGGCGCGGCCGCCGGCCCCUCCGCAGUCAGCAGGAGCCGCCGCCGCAGCUGGCCGCGGGGCGGGAUUCCCGGGGCCGUCGCAGGGGCAGAGCUCGAGUCUCCCGCGCCUGUGCUUUCGCCCACCGCGGCCCGCUCCUCACCGCGUCGGUCCGCUGGCCGGAGCCGGCUGACCAGCUCGCCCUCCGGCUUCGAACCGAGGCUCUACGGCCGCCGCAGGGACCCGCCCACCAGACCCCGUCCGGGGUGCCUGUCUGGACCCUGCCGUGGAUGACACCUGGCAGAAGGCACCAUGGAGGGGGACGGUUCAGACUCGCUGGUUACCAUUAAGAAUAUCGAAAGAGAGCUCAUUUGCCCAGCAUGCAAGGAGCUGUUUACCCACCCAUUGAUUCUCCCUUGUCAACAUAGUAUCUGUCAUAAAUGUGUAAAAGAACUCUUACUGACUCUUGAUGAUUCAUUCAAUGAUGUGGGAUCAGACAACUCCAAUCAGAGCAGUCCUCGCCUUCGGCUCCCUUCCCCUAGCAUGGAUAAAAUUGAUAGAAUUAACAGACCAGGCUGGAAGCGCAAUUCAUUGACCCCUAGGACAACUAUUUUUCCUUGCCCUGGCUGUGAGCAUGAUGUGGAUCUUGGAGAACGAGGAAUCAGUGGCCUGUUUCGAAAUUUCACUUUGGAAACUAUUGUCGAAAGAUACCGCCAGGCAGCUAGGGCAGCCACAGCCAUCAUGUGUGACCUCUGUAAACCACCGCCUCAAGAAUCCACAAAAAGUUGCAUGGAUUGUAGUGCAAGCUACUGCAAUGAAUGCUUCAAAAUUUAUCACCCUUGGGGUACUGUAAAAGCUCAGCAUGAGUAUGUGGGCCCAACUACCAAUUUUAGACCCAAGAUUUUAAUGUGCCCAGAACAUGAAACAGAGAGAAUAAACAUGUACUGUGAAUUAUGUAGGAGGCCAGUUUGCCAUCUCUGUAAGUUGGGGGGUAACCAUUCCAAUCACCGUGUAACCACUAUGAGCAGUGCCUACAAAACCUUAAAGGAAAAGCUUUCAAAGGAUAUUGAUUACCUUAUUGGUAAGGAAAGCCAGGUGAAGAGUCAGAUUUCAGAACUAAACUUGUUAAUGAAAGAAACAGAGUGUAAUGGAGAGAGGGCUAAAGAAGACGCAAUUACACAUUUUGAAAAGCUCUUUGAAAUUCUAGAAGAGAGAAAAUCAUCUGUUUUGAAAGCAAUUGAUGCCUCUAAGAAACUAAGAAUAGACAAAUUUCAGACUCAAAUGGAGGAGUAUCAGGGACUUUUGGAGAACAACGGGCUUGUGGGAUAUGCUCAAGAAGUGCUUAAGGAGACGGAUCAGUCUUGCUUUGUACAGACAGCAAAACAGCUCCACCUCAGAAUACAGAAAGCUACUGAAUCUUUGAAGAGCUUUAGACCUGCAGCUCAGACUUCUUUUGAAGACUAUGUUGUUAAUACAUCUAAACAAACUGAGCUCCUUGGAGAAUUGUCCUUUUUCUCUAAUGGCAUAGAUGUGCCAGAGAUCAAUGAGGAACAGAGCAAAGUUUAUAACAAUGCCUUGAUAAAUUGGUACCAUCCAGAAAAGGAUAAAGCUGAUAGCUAUGUUCUUGAAUAUCGGAAGAUUAGUAGAGAUGAUGAAAUGGUGUCAUGGAAUGAGAUAGAAGUGUAUGGCACAAGUAAAGUUGUUUCAGAACUUGAAAGCAAUUGCAAUUAUGCUUUCAGAGUGAGAGCCUACAAGGGUUCAAUCUGUAGUCCUUGCAGCAGAGAAUUGAUUCUUCAUACUCCUCCGGCUCCAGUUUUCAGUUUCCUCUUUGAUGAAAAAUGUGGCUAUAAUAAUGAACAUCUCUUGCUGAACUUGAAGAGAGACCGGGUAGAGAGUAGAGCUGGAUUUAAUCUCCUCCUUGCUGCAGAACGUAUCCAAGUGGGUUACUAUACAAGCUUAGACUACAUCAUUGGAGAUGUUGGAAUUACAAAAGGGAAACACUUUUGGGCCUUCCGUGUGGAACCAUAUUCAUACCUGGUAAAAGCAGGCGUUGCUUCUAGCGAUAAACUACAAGAAUGGCUCCGUUCUCCCCGGGAUGCAGUUAGUCCAAGGUACGAGCAAGACAGUGGCCAUGACAGCGGAAGUGAGGAUACCUGUUUUGAUUCUUCACAGCCCUUUACAUUAGUUACCAUAGGCAUGAAGAAAUUUUUUAUACCCAAGUCACCUACUUCCUCUAAUGAACCUGAAAAUAGAGUUCUUCCCAUGCCCACAAGUAUAGGGAUUUUCCUUGACUAUGAUAAAGGCAAAGUGAGUUUCUAUGACAUGGAUCACAUGAAAUGCCUGUAUGAGCGCCAGGUGGACUGCUCACAUACGAUGUACCCAGCAUUCGCAUUAAUGGGCAGUGGAGGAAUUCAACUUGAAGAACCCAUCACAGCAAAAUAUCUGGAAUACGAAGAGGACAAAUAGUUUAAACAGCUGAUGUGACUUAGGAUGGAAAAUUAUGAGCAAAACAAUGCCUUAGUGUUAACCUUCAUAAUUAAUUAUAUGUCACUAAAUACUCUGUCACCACGCUCGUCAUUGUGUAUGAUUCUUCUUAAAACACAGAAAACCCAAACAGCC